AGUGGGAGUCUGGCAUCACCUGAUCUUCUCCGCACUACACAGGAAGUCGGUUGGCCAAUUCAACAUGGCUGCCGUCUGCGAAUAGACGAGGAGUAGAAGAAGUGACAUGAUAUAGUGCGGCUUUCUCCGUCUCCAGGACAGUUGACUCGGUUCCGUGUGUUAGCUGGUGUCGACAUGGCGCAAUGCGUACAGUCCGUGCAGGAGUUCGUCCAGGACUCGUUCGUCCCGAUGGUGGCCGUCUUAUGUAGCGAAGAGGCGGAGAGAGUGACUCGCAAGAACAACCUGAAUUUCGCUGAGCUGCUGCGGCCUUUCUGCAGACUGACGUCCGAAGGUCACAUCCGGGACCCCAACAACCAGGUGCAGGUUGUGAAAAACCUGCGCAUCUGUGUCAACAAUGUUGUGACAAGCCCAAACACGGCCUUCAGCCCCGCCCAGCGGCGAGUGCUCAAUGAAGUGGUGUUAUCCUGCCAGCCACAAGAGGGCACUGCCACCAACGUGAUCACGGCAGGAGACUGCGACCUCAACUUCAGUGAUCACUCUCUUAAAGCUAGCGCCCCCUGGUACAGUGCCUGGAAAGAAACACUGUCUGAAGUCAGCGCCUCCAAGCACUACACAGCGACCACGCCCUGGUUUGAAGCCUACAGGGAGAACUUCCUGCAGUCAAUGCCCGCCUCCGAACACGAGUUCCUCAACCACUACCUCGCCUGCCUGCUGGUGGUGUCCUCCACCGAGACUGUCCCUGUGGAGCAGUUCCUCAAGCUCUCCCAGGAGCAGCACAGGAUCCAGCAUAGCGGAGAUUACACCAACCCCAAGUGGUUCAUCCCCAACACGCUCAAGUACUACGUCUUACUGCACGACAUGAGCGAGGGGGGCGAACAGAGGGCAGAUUCAGUGUACGAGGAUAUGAAGCAGAGGUACGGUCACCAGGGCUGCUACCUGUUGAAAAUGAACUCUCGUACCUUCUCGGCUGAAGAGGACGAACAGAUUCCAGACCCCUGGAGUCAGUACCUGCACAGGAAUAACCUGCAGAGCCAGGAGGUGCUUGAUGAUGCAGCUGUGAACAGUGCUGCUGUGGAGAACAACAUCAGUGCAGCUGAAGGGGACAGCCAUCCCUCUACAGAGAAAGGCGAAGCCUCCAACAGCCUGGAAAGCCACCCUCUCCAGCUGGACACAGCGAGCAGCUCGGGGAGCCUGCACACCCUCAGUGCUGUCAACCCUGAGCUGAAGAAAGGGGCGAGGGAUCCGGAGAGCCUGGCGGGGGGAGCAGGGAGCCAUGGGGCAUCUCUGACCCUGAAUGACCACGACCACAUCAGACAGUUCAUCCAAGAGUUCACCUUCAGAGGUCUGCUGCCACACAUAGAGAAGAACAUCCGGCAGCUCAACGACCAGCUGGUCUCCAGGAAAGGUCUGAGCCGGUCUCUGUUCACCGCCACCAAGAAGUGGUUUGGUGGAGGGAAAGUUCCGGAGAAGGGCAUCAGUGAACCAAAGAGCACAUGUGGCCUUCUAUAUCCCCCAGAAGCCCCUGAGCUGCAGAUCAGGAAGAUGGCCGACCUGUGCUUCCUGGUCCAGCACUACGAGCUGGCCUACAGCUGCUACCACACGGCCAAGAAAGACUUCCUGUCAGACCAGGCCAUGCUGUAUGCUGCAGGGGCACUGGAAAUGGCUGCAGUGUCGGCCUUUCUGCAGGCUGGAGCUCCCAGACCUUACCCGGCCCACUACAUGGACACCGCCAUACAGACGUACAGAGACGUCUGCAAGAACAUGGUGCUGGCUGAGCGCUGUGCGUUACUCAGUGCUGAGAUCCUCAAGAGUCAGGUUAAAUACUCUGACGCUGCAACUCUCCUCAUCAAGAUGACCAGCGAGGACUCUGACCUGCGCAGUGCUCUGCUGCUGGAGCAGGCCGCCCACUGCUUUAUUAAUAUGCGCAAUCCCAUGGUGCGCAAGUUUGCCUUCCAUAUGAUCCUGGCCGGUCAUCGUUUCAGCAAAGCAGGACAGAGGAGGCACGCGCUGCGCUGCUACUGCCAAGCCAUGCAGGUCUACAAGGAGCGGGGCUGGUCUUUGGCGGAGGAUCACAUCAACUUCACCAUCGGUCGUCAGUCCUUCACACUCAGCCAUCCAGAGAAUGCCGUGACGGCCUUCAGACAGAUCCUGACCAAUGACAGCAGGCAGACGGCCACACAGCAGGGCGCCUUCCUCAGAGAAUACCUCUAUGUGUAUAAGAGUGUGGUAUUGGGAAAUGAAGACCGCCUCCCCCAGCUGCCUCUGCCCUGCAUCCACAGCUCGGCCACACGGGUCUACUUCGGACACGAACGGCGCCUCGCAGAAGGUGAAAAGCAGGCAGCCACCCACGUGUCUCUGGACCAGGAGUACGACCAGGACCUGGCAGCCAUGUGGUGCCACCUGGAGGAACAGCUUGUGGCUGCAGCCAACAGGGGGAUUGUCCCAGCAACCUUCCAGCCCACCCAGUGCUGCUUGAACAGCCAGACAGACAACCUGCGCUUCCCACUGGCUGUGGCCGAGGAGCCAAUCAUAGUGGAGGUGACGUUCAGGAACCCUCUGAAGGUUCCUCUGGCUCUGUCCAACCUCUCACUCCUCUGGAGGUUCACUGCCGAGGGUGCAACUCCAUCCGAGGAGAAGACGACUGAAGAGUCAGCAGGAGAGGCCGUCACCAACGAGGAGGCCCUCACUGAAGGGACGACACCGAAAGACGACGUCGUAACCACAGAGAUCAUCCUGGAGUUUCUUAUGGGUCCAGAGGAGACCAAGCUGGCUCGACUCCGGCUGCUGCCCCACAGCACUGGCCAGCUGAACAUUGUGGGUGUGGUUUACAACCUGGCUGCAGCCUCCUCUGGAGAGCCGACUCCCAGCUCUGAAGGCCAGCAGGCGUUGGAGGUCAUGGUGGUUCGGGGAAGACAGGACCUGAAGAUCCAGGGCCCACGGCUGAACCAGACCAAAGAGGACAAGAUGUUGGUUCGACAUGGUCAGGACCGGCGCCUGGAUCCCAUCAUAACUCCACCAAUGCCCCUAAUGGAGGUCUUCUUCCUGCAGUUCCCCACUGCUCUGCUGUGUGGUGAGAUCAGGAAGGCCUACGUUGAGUUCUGCAACGUCAGCGGCGGCGCUCUGUGCGGCCUUCGGGUGGCGUCCACACACCCGGAUUUCUUCACGUUUGGCAGCCAGACCACGACCCCCCUCACGCCCGUCAGCCCGACCUCAGCCGAGAACUGCUCGGCCUAUAAAACCACGGCUACUACCCGCCAGCCGGGCUCAGUGGCGUCUGAGACGCUGGUCUCGGCGAAGGAUUUCAGCCAACUGUCCGGUGUGAUGGAGAUCCCGAUAGAAGGCGGCACACUGCAACCGGGGGAGUCCACCCAGCUGCCUCUCUGGCUCAGAGGACCAGACCAGGAGGGAGUCCAUGAGAUCAACUUCCUGUUCUACUACGAGAGCACAACGAAAGGAAUCAAAAUCAGUCAUCGGGUGUUGCGUCACACAGUGUUCAUCUGUGCCAGUCGCUCUCUGAGCGUGCAGGCGUCGGCGUGCCGCAGCAGCGUCCCCCCCCAUCACAGCGUGGACGAGAAGGGCAGCGGCGGAACGCUGGUCUUCGUCGAUGUGGAGAACAUCAAUACGAGUGAAGCUGGCGUGCGUGAGUUCCACAUCAUCCAGGUGUCCAGCAGCAGUCGACACUGGUGCCUCCACAAGUGUAUCAACCCGGCCAAUGACAAAGACUGUAAACUCACCAGCAGAGAAAGAGCCAAGCUGUGUUUCAGAGCCACGCGAUGCAAGCCCCACCAAGCGACCUCGGCUGCCGUAGAGAAAUACACCUUUGCAGACCUGAAUCUGGGAAAUGAACGGAUCAUCAGCUCCUCCACUCCCUGUGGAGAUUUCUUCUUCCGUGGCUGUCGGCCCCCGCAGCCUCAGCGAGUGGACGGGACGUCGUCCAGGACUUCCUCCACCAAUAAGAGUCCGGCCUCUGACAUCAGCAACAUCGUCAGGAAGUGCAAUGAGCUGGACCUCAACAUCAUCGUCAUCUGGAAGGCCUAUGUGGUGGAGGACAACAAACAGCUGAUCCUAGAGGGCCAGCUCCAUGUGGCGCUGCAGACCAUCGGCAAAGAGGCCAGUUCUCUGACUCCCAAAGAGGAAGCUCAGGAGAUGGCGCUGCUCAAGUUUAAAGCGGAGGUUCCUGCUCCAGUGGCCCUGCUCUCUGCAGAGCUGUCCCAGCUCAUCAAGACCAACCUGCACUACCCCGAGACCUACACACACCCGUUUGUCCAGGAGAGUCUCUGUGUGGUGCCAGUCACGCUGACUCUGUCCAACUGCUCCUCGGCUCCAGUGGACGUCCUCAUCGACUUAAGACACAAGAGCAGCAGCCCAGAGUCUCUGGAGGUCCACAGCUCGUUCACCUGGGUGGGUCAGACCCAGUACAAGCUGCAGUUGAAGCCUCUGGAGGUGCUGUGUCUGACCCUGAGAGCCUGUUUCCUCCAGGCAGGAGUCUACAACCUCAACACGCCACGAGUGUUCGCCAAGCUGGCCGAGCAGGGCGCCAUGUGCGAGACGAGUCAGCAGGCGGCGAGUCCCGCCCUCAUCAUCAUCAACAGUGCCCGGGUGCAGCCUCAGGGGGACGUACUUGGUCUUCUUGAUUGAUACCGGGCAGCAGGACGCAUGAUGUUUGGACCACUUCAUGAAAUAGAAAACGGUGUAUUACAGUUUAUAGCGAUCGAUGCGUUUAUGGACCUCCGAACUGUUUUAGUUUCAUCCUCCACGCGUCAAAGAGUCCCAUUUGCAUGUUGCUUUCUCCGUGCGAGGCCCUCUUACCAACACACGGGUCAACCCCCCUACCAGCCGGCCCCGUCUCCACCCACCAUGUUACACACACGUGUGUGUGUGUGUGCGCGCACACACACACACACACACACACACGUGCGCACACACACACGCGCGUGCAUCUCAAAUCCCCGCUUGUGUUUGAAAACUAACGAGAGCUCUGCAGACACAGGCUGGUGUUGGACCAGAUGUUGACUGGGCUUCUUUAGAACCGUGUGUGUGUGUGUGUGUGUGUGUGUGGGUGGCCAUGGCGACAAGAGGGCUUUCCUCACUGGAUACAUUCGCUUCUGUGCGUUCGGAGUGAUGCAACAACUCAAACCUGCAAAUAUACGGAACUCUGGAGGAUUCAGGUGUGUGAAGUUCCUGACUGGACCAUGCUGAAGUUUUAAAUUCUUUUAACAAGAGCUGAUUACACCCUGAAUACUGUACACGUCCCCGUCUUAGCUACUCCUGAAGACAGAC